ACUGGAAACUAGAUGCAAUUAUAGCUACUGGAAUGGACCACUCAGAUUUUGUAGAAGUGGAGAGAGAGAAAAACCUGGUAUCAGGCAAGAUACCUGCCUUCCUCCAGAAGACAAAUACUCCAAUGCAAGAGCCUUAAAUUUACCUGUUAGGUCUGCCAUCCUCCACCAGAUGGUCUCUGAGGAUAGCAGAGACAAGAGGGGGCCACUCCAGUACCUCCUGGUCACCCCCAUACACCUACCUUCACCCUUAGGCAAAAUAAUUCUUUUUAUUUUUUAUUUAAUUUUAAUUUUUUUUUUUACUAUUUAUUGAUCUUUAAGAGAGAGAGAGCAGAGGAGGGGCAGAGAGAGAGAGAGGGAGACACAGAAUCUGAAGCAGGCUCCAGCUCAGAGCUGACAGCUCAGAGCCUGACACGGGGCUCAAACUCAUGAACCCUGAGAUCAUGACCUGAGCCAAAGUCAGAAGCUUAACCAACUGAGCCACCCAGGUGCUCCAAAAUACUUCUUUUUAAAAUUUAUUUUAAUUCCAGUAAAUUAACAUACAGUAUAAUCUUGAUUUCAGGUGUACAGUAUAGUGAUUCAACAAUUGUAUAUAUUAUUUAGUGCUCAUCAUAAAUGUACUCUUGAUCCCUUCACCUAUUUCACUCAUUCCCUAUCCAUCUCCCCUCUGGUGACCCUCUAUUUGUUCUCUAAAGAGCCUGUUUCUUGGUGUGUCUCUUUUUCUUUCUUUGUUUGUUUUGUUUCUUAACUUUCACAUAUGAGUGAAAUCAUAUGGUAUUUUUCUCUGACUUAUUUUAUUUAGAACAAUAUCUUCUGGAUCCAUCCAUGUUGUUGCAGACGACAGGAUUUCAUUCUUUUUGUGGCUGAAUAAUAUUCUUUUAUAUUUACCACCUCUUCUUUAUCUAUUAUCUAUCAGUGGACACUUGGGCUGCUUCCAUAAUUUGGCUAAAGUACUACAAUGAAUAUAGGGGUACAUACAUCCUUUUGAAUUAGUGUUUUCAUAUUCCUUGGUGGAAUUCCUGGAUCAUAGAGUAGUUCUAUUUUUAAUGUUUGAGGAAGCUCCAAACUGUUUCCCACAGUGGCUGCAUCAGUUUGCAUUCCUACCAACAGUGCAUGGGGGUUCUGUUUUUCUCCACAUCCUCACUAGUAUGUUUUUUCUUGUGUUUUUUAUUUUAGUUGGGAAAAACACUUCCAAAUGUCUUCCUCACUCGUAUUUUGAGUCAUAAUGAAGCAGACAAAUGUCACAUGGCUAAUGGCUUGAACAAAUAGAACAAAUUGGAUUAAAUACACUUAAGCAGUCCCUCCAAAAAUAAGUUACUGAAUUGGGAGCUCUAAGGCUUAUCAGCCAGCUGGAUGUUACAUGGGAGGCUUGCUAACCUGUAAUCUGAAUGAUGCACGCUUAAUGUGGCUGCCAACCUCUCAAAUUGUAAACUCUUUCUAGGAGACCUCAUGCACUCUUGGGUUUAUACUUCCUGUGUGAGGGCUGGACAUUGGUUGGCAUCUUGUUGGAAAACACUGUGGUGCCUUGGGAGUAAUAAGAGAGACCUGAAGGUUAAUCAGAGAGGUUAACAUAGGAACAUGCUUAGGGGAAUUUGCAGCUGAAGCCAAGUUGGUAUAGAAAUGAGGGGUGGAUUUGGUGGAAGGAAAUUCUGAAACAUUUCCACAUGUUGUGAUAGCUUUUGUUCUGGACUCUGUUUUCAAGAAUGUUUUGUAAUAGAUUUGGCCUAUUUUUCCCCUUAGCAGUAUAUUAAAGACACUCUCUUCUAGUAGGGCAAAAUUAAGCAGAUUUUCUCUUCACAAGACUGAGAAUUUCCUAACCUGGUGUUACUCAGCUUUAAAUGUAGGUGCAUUGUGUAAAUAACAAUAUCUAUUAGGGUUAGGGCCCUUCCUUGAAGAGAAUUUAGGGGUCAGGAGAACAGAUGAGAACAUGAAGCUCCUGCUUCCUGCUAUAUAAUACAUAAUAAAGUUUUCUGUUGCUGACCUGGUAGGCUUGCCUCCCCAUCAGUAUCUAUGAAAUGAUGGUGGGCCAACCUGUUAGACUCUAGGUAAAAGUUCAGACCCUUCUCGGGUUUUGAUUAAUACCAUAGAUUUGGUAGAGUGUAAGAAAGACAAAUAUCACAUCAUGGAACUCUUCUACGAAGUCACUGUGUUUCUUAGCUGGUAGGACCUGCGAUGGUGUUAGGAACCUGGGUCUGCUGUCCCUUAUUGAAUGGCCAGUGUAUUCCUCAUGUGCUUGCUCAUACUUAUAGUUCCAAAUGGUUUGCCAUCCAACCUGCAUCACAAGUGUGAGGGACUAGCAGAGAGGAAGAGGAGGGCAAACCCCUCUUAUCAAAGAACAAUCAAAGGAAAUUGCACAACAUCUCCACUUAUGUCCUUUGCUCAUAAUUUAGUCACAUGGUCACAACCAGUUGCAAGGAAGGCUAGUUGUAGACAGAGACAAAUAUUCCAUUAAUACAGAGAAAGUGGAGAAUGCUUGGGUGUUAUGAAAUAAUCAGUCUUAAGAUCUAUAAGAUCAGAUUGUAAAGACGAUUUGGAGUAAAGACUGAAUUUCAGAAUAAAAACGAAAUGAUUAUAUGGAAUAAAAUGUUAGAUAUUUCAGGUGCAAUUUUUUCUAUGACAGGUUAAUAACUUCUCCAACUAAUAUUGUCACUUGUUAUUAUCAACUAAAAUUUUCUUUUUUGACUUCUAGUUAUCUAUGUAUUUAGGGUUUCAAAACACAUCUGUGUGGAAGGGCAAACACACAUUAGGGAAAUCUAUACUGAAAGCUUUGGAGACAGAGUUAAAAGCAGUUUUGAAAAAAAAGUAUAUAAUUUAUUUUUUUUUAAGUAUUUAGUGCCUAGGGAGAACUCAUGCGUAAUGUAUAAAUUUGUGACCCUUUGAGAAUGUUCUUCUUGGAUCUCAUAUCCUCUGGGGACUCCUCAUAAUCUUUAGAUAUUUUCUUUCAAGAUACAGACAGUAUAAAUAUUCAAUGAGAUCAAGUGCUGAUGAAUUUUAUAUGGCACUGUGAAUAAUACCAAGAAAAGCACUCAAAACAUAAAUAAGUCAACUGUAGUGACAGGGAAAUUUAAUAGUCUAAAACUCUGAAAAAAAAAAAACUUUUAAAACCAUUUACAAAGUUGCCAUAAAUAAGUAAGAAAAUCAGUCACAGAUUGUGGGGUAGAGGGAGAAUCCUACAGAGAAGAAUGGAAUUUUCACUGUGGUCUGUUCAGCAUGAUGAUAAAAGAGUUAAAUAUUGAAGCAGAGAUAAUUUGCUGGAAUAAACCUGUUUAAUAUCUUCAAAAAUGUGUUUGAUUUUUAAAGUGCUUUUGGCAGACUGAUUAGGACUCAAAAGGAUGAAAAAAUUGGUAUGUCGAAAAUUUAAAGACCAUAUUUCCAUUAGAUUUGUUUUAACCCAUUUUGUCUUAUUUUUACCAUUAUGGUAUUAACCUUAUUUUUCUAACCUUCAAAUUUUGAUUAAGGGGAAAUCAUGAAAAAAGACAGAAUACAAUGAAAAUUUAGUUUUGAAAAACUUUACCUUUUUAAAAUUUCACUAAUAUUCAUAAUAUUUAACAGAAGCUUGACUUCUAAUGGUUUUGUAGUGUGAGCUUUGUUAAUUUUUGUACAAUAUGUGUUGGGGAUAGUUGGUGGGUGUAACUGUUGUAGUUGGACAAAGAAAUAAUCUGACAUAGUAAAACUCUGAAUUAGGUGUUUUAGAUAUAACAUUCCUACAGUUGUUGCCUUUGGAGUAAUUUGUGUAAAUGAAGAAAAAUUUAUGAUUAAUCGUUUCACAAUUAUGUGAAUGUAAGAGGAAUGUCCAGGAAAAACAACCGUCCUUUCUUUUAUACCCAUAUAUGUCUACAUUAUUAACAUGAAUUUGACAAUAGAUCUUAUUUUUUACCUACACUUUUAGAUAUAACUGGAAACAAUUUUUAUUUGUACUCUAUGUUUAUUUUUAUUUAUGUAUAUAUCUUUGAAAUUAUAUUCUAUGUUUUAGAGAUUGAAAUAAUUAUAUUGAUAUUCUCAAAACAGAAAACAUUGUCUUAUCUAUGGCCCAUUACUAAACCUUAUUUAUUUUAUGUGUUUGAUAUGAAGGUACCAAGGAAAUAAAUGUUCCUUAGAAUCAUUAUUAAAAAAAGAAAAAAGCACAAUAAGCUGUCCUAUAAUCAUUGGUAGAAGUUGUUAUUUUUCAGAGCACAACGUAGGGAAAAACACUCUUUCAAACUUAAUCUUGGUGUCCAAUUUGCUAGCUGUGCAAACCAGAACAAUCUGAUUGUCUCUAAUAUAUGCCAUAUGUUGAGAUGACUACUGUUAUCUAUAGUUAAUAUUUAAUUACAUUUUAGCCAAACAUUUGAAUAUCCUUAUGAUAAGGAAUACAUGCCUCCUAAAAUUUUGUCAACACUAUUCUGUGAUUCAUUGUAUUUGAAAUUUACCAAAUACUGUUCAUCUCUUUUAAGCCAUGCUGACCUCAAAUUGUUCAUCUUUUCAGUCUGUAUUUUACAGAAAGAUUAAAAUGCUAAGUGUAAAGCAUAGAAACAGAGAGAGAAAUUUCAUGACAAAUAUUUUCUUAUAAUUUGUAUUUAUUAAUACUUACAAACUUACAUAUUUUUAAUUUCAGGAUUAUUACUAAUUUAAAUGUCUUAAUCUUCUUUCAAUUUUUCUUACUAAUUUAAUUUCUUAAGCUCAAUAACCUAUUUCUAAAAAUCCCUUCUAUAUCUCUAGGUUUCCAUACAGAUUUAUCUUUAUCUUUCUCCCACUUCAUAUGAUUUCCUGAACUCAUAUUUAUAUAUUUCUAUAUGCUUCUAUAUCCAUUACUCUCAUUUUUUUUUCAUUUUUCAGAAUCAUAACUUAGGAAAACUGCAGUUUCUUAUUAGACACACAAAUAUUACCAGAAUAUUCCUGCUGAUUUUGUUUGGGAGUACAACGUGGGAAGAGUGGGAAUGAUAACAGAGUUUGAUGGGAUGGAAAUACUACUAAGGACAGAAAAUAAAACUAUUCGUGAUGUUUCAUAUUCACUUAUUGGAAACUGUAUCUCAUUAGCCAUGAAAGUAAAUGACAGAAGAAUCAGGCAUUUGAAUUUGAUUAAGUAAAAUGGUAAAGUUAUAUAACCCUGUCUAUUGAUGAUGGUGAGGUGUGUGUGUGUGUGUGUGUGUGUGUGUGUGUGUGUGUGUGUGUGUGGUGUGUGUGUAUUUUAUGAAAACCAUUUUCUGAUAUAAUUUUAAUGACAAUCAUUUUGGUUCUGAAUGUAAAGCUCUUAAUUGAGUAAGAAAUGGUAUCCAUCUCAAUUCUUGCUAAAAUCAAGAAAGAAGCACUUGUGCAUGCUUUAAAACUCCUUCUAAUUUCCCUCAUAUAAAAACAAUCAACAACCGCUAUCAUAUCAAUCAUCGCUAUCAUUAUUCUCUGGCAGAAUUGCAAAGUAAACAUAAAAUUCUCUAUCCAGAUACUUCGGAAAUGCAAACUAUUGUUCUUCCUGGCAUAACCUCCUAAAAUAUGAAUGGUGUUACUCUAUCUGAAAGAUUGCUUUCCUAAUUUUAGACACUAGUUACCACUGCUAUUUUCCCCUUAGGACUAUCAAUUUCUUUCUUUCUUUUCUAUUUAGACCUGGAAAAGUAGAGGACAGUAAUGGGAAAUCACACACAAGUGACAGUGUUUAUCCUGGCAGGUUUGACUGAUGAUCCACAAUUGAAAGUUGUGCUAUUUGUCUUCCUGCUUCUCACCUACCUGCUAAGUGUCACUGGCAAUCUGCUCAUCAUCACACUCACCCUGGUGGAUAUCACCCUCAAGACCCCCAUGUAUUUUUUCCUUCGGAAUUUUUCCUUCCUAGAAAUUUCCUAUACUACCACAUGCAUUCCCAAAUUGUUGGUUGCUAUGGCAACUGGGAACAAAACCAUUUCCUUUAAUUGUUGUGUUACUCAAGUGUUUUUUGCCUUCCUUCUUGGUGCAUCUGAAUUUUACUUGCUGGCAGCCAUGUCCUAUGACCGCUAUGUUGCCAUCUGUAAGCCCCUGCACUACACAACCAUCAUGAGCAGUAAGAUCUGCAUGCAACUUGUCUUCUGUUGUUGGCUUGCUGGGUUUUUUGUCAUCUUUCCACCUCUCCUCUUAGGCAUAAACCUUGACUUCUGUGCCUCCAACGUUGUUGAUCAUUUCUACUGUGAUACAACUCCCCUGCUGCAGAUCUCCUGCUCAGACACACAGCUCUUAGAGACCAUGGGAUUCAUUUCUGCAUCAAUGACACUUGUGGUCACAUUGGUAAUGGUGAUAAUAUCAUACAGCUUUAUUGCAUUAACAAUUCUAAAAAUCCCUUCAACUAAUCAGAAGAAAAAGGCUUUUUCAACAUGUUCCUCUCACAAUGUGAUAUCUCUUUCUUAUGGCAGCUGUAUCUUCAUGUACGUCAAGCCGUCAGUCAAACAAAGAAUAUCUUUUUCCAAGGGAAUUGCAGUGCUCAAUACCUCCAUUGCCCCACUUUUAAAUCCUUUCAUUUACACUUUACGGAACCAGCAAGUGAAAAAAGCCUUCAUGAACAUGAUACAAAGGGUUGUUUCUUUCUCAAGCAAAUGAAUAUCCUGUUGCAUAAUGUAUAAUGCAAAUGAACAAAGGAACCCCAAUAAUAUCAAUGAAUCUAAUUAUAGCUUCCAAUACAUAGUUUCUUUCAGUGUUUUUUGCUUUCAUGUCUUUGAUAUUCAUCUUUAUACCUUCUCAAGCUAUAUUUACAAAAAAAAUCUUUGUUCCAAAGAUAAUUUUAUUGAUAACCUUUAACAGAUAUUUUUUCUCAUCUCACUUCCAUUUCCUAUGAAUAUCUGAAAGAAAUGGAGUUGAGAUUUUCAAUCGGUCUCUGUUGUCUUUGAAUGCUAGUCAAGGAUCAAAAUAUCUUUGUAUUUAUAUUAUAUUUGAUGUAACAUACAACAUAAAGUAUUACAUCUUUAUUUAUUUUAGUUGAACGUGCUUACAACUAAUAUUCAUUUAUAGUUUUUGUAACACUACCAAAUUAUUGCUGCAUACUCUAACAAAAUGAGAGGAAAAUUUUGGCAGAGAUUAAAGAUUAGUGUUGAUGCUCAAAUUAGAAAAUGUUGUCUAUUUAAAAAUUGUUCAUGUGUCUAAGUAGAUCCCUUAGAAAUUAGUUUUUUAGUUUCUAUUAGAAAAUUGUUAGCGUUUAUAAGUGUAUCAAUUAUAGGUGACAAAAUGUGUUAUUUCACUGCUAUAUUUUAAAAAUUAAUUAUGAAAUUCAAACUUAUUUGGUGUUUCUAUGCUCAAAAAAUCUCUUCAACAACAUGGGAUACUCUGGAGCUAACUGAAAACUAUAAGUGUAAUUUGGAAAAACAAUGGUAACUCAGUGUAUUUAUUCUUUUCAGAUUUUUAUAGACAUAGAUACAAACAUAGAUAGUUAUCCCAGUAAAAUCAAAAUAGUAGAAUUAAAGUAAAACUUUACCUACAGAUUUUUGAACUGUAGGUCAUAAUUUAGAAUUUCAGGGUUUCAAAAUUUUUCUGUGUCAUGGAAAAAAUGUAAAACAUUAAAUAUAAUAAAAACAUUUUCACAGUUACAUAUCAUGUUUCAUGUUUUUUAAUAGAAAUGUAUGUUCAUUAGGUCUUUUUUUCAUUUCUUUUUAUCUUAACUAUGGGUCUUGAUUUGAAUAUUUUGAAAAAUACUCUCUAAAUACUUCUGAACAGUUCAUUAAUGAACUGGAUCUUAAAAGAUAUUUGAGUCAUGAAUGAUUUCAGGAAUAAUAGUUAAUGAAACCAUUGAUUACAUUUUUUCCAUGAUCAUUUAUGUAUAUACUUUUUUUAAGUUUAUUUCUUUAUUAUGAGAGAGCACACUAGUGAGCAGGAGAGGGGCAGAGAGACAGGAAGAGAGAGACUCCCAAGCAGACUCCAUGCGGUCAGUGCAGAGCCAGACAUGGGGCUCAAACUCUCAAACUGCAAGAUCUUGACUUGAACUGAAAUCAAGAGUUGGAGGCUUAACUGACAGAGCCACCCAGGCGUCCAUAUACCUAUACUGCUUAUAUUUUGAGAAAGCCGAUCUAAUGAUCCAGGAGCAUUAUCUAAUUUUAGAAAUUAAAAAAGCACAGAAAAAUAAUAAAAGAUACAUAUGACAUAUUGAGAAAAUCUAAUAGAGUGAAGCCUAAGAUUCUCAAUGGUGUUUGUUGUUGUUGUUUUAAUUCUUUCAUUUAUCAAUCCAAAUGAGUUUGUGUUAGACACACUGUCCAAGCUAAGGCAUUAAUUUAUCAUUGUCAUUCUAAAAUGCUUUAUUUAUAUAUUUUAAUGUCUGUC